GCGGCCAGCGAGGCCAAGGAAGCCGAGGAGCUCCAGGUGGGACUGCGGGAGGGGUGAGCCCGCGCCGCGGCGACCGAGGCGGCACUGGCUGGCGCGCGUGCUGCGCCCCGGCGACCCGGCGCCGGGUGCCCAGGGUGCGUCCUGAGAGCCCGGUAGCGUGGGAUCGCGGCGCUGCGGACGCGGCGAUGGAUGAGCCCUGGUGGGAUGGGCGCGUCGCCUCGGAUGUCCACUGCACCCUGCGCGAAAAGGAACUGAAGUUGCCCACCUUCCGCGCCCACUCCCCCCUCCUCAAGAGCCGCCGGUUCCUUGUGGACAUCCUGAGCCUGCUGAGCAGCCGCUGCCAGCUCUGUCCCGCGGCCCGGCAUCUGGCCGUCUACCUGCUGGACCACUUCCUGGACCGCUACAGCAUCAGCACCACCAAGCAGCUGUACACAGUGGCCGUCUCCUGCCUCCUGCUUGCAAGUAAGUUCGAGGACCGGGAGGACCGUGUGCCCAAGCUGGAGCAGAUCAACAGCAUGCGGGUCGCGGGCUGCCACGGCUUCACGCUCACCCGGCAGGAGCUGCUGAGCACGGAGCUGCUGCUCCUGCAGGCCUUCCGCUGGGACCUCAGCCUGCCCACGCCCGCCCACUUCCUCGACUACUACCUCCUGGCCUCCGCCGGCCAGAAGGACCACCACUGCCACAGCUGGCCCGCAGCCUGUCCCCGCAAGACCAAAGAGUGCCUCACGGAGUACGCUUACUACUUCCUCGAGGUCACCCUGCAAGACCAUGUUUUCUACAAAUUCCAGCCUUCUGCAGUUGCUGCAGCCUGCGUUGGCGCUGCUAGGAUUUGCCUUCAGCUCUUCCCCUACUGGACCAGAGACCUUGAGAGGAUCUCAAGCUACUCCCUGGAACAUCUCAGCACAUGCCUUGAAAUCCUGCUCGUGGCCUACGACAACAUCCUCAAGGACGCCGUCGCCUCCAAGAGCCAGGCCCUGGCAGUGGUGCCCGGCGCGGCCGCCAGCCACUCGCAGGUGCUGCUGCAGGCGCCCGCCUUCCCCGCCGCCGGCCCGCAGGCGCCCCCGGCCCUGCUGCCCCCGCAGGCCCCGGGGCAGGACCUGUGCUGGGCCUACUGGGACGCGCUGCAGGCCCACCGCGCAGGCGGCGGCGGCUCGUACCCCACCCUCCCGCCCCUGGACGUGGGGCCCGUGCCCCUGCCCCCGUCGCUGCGCGUGCAGAUGGCCGUGGCCGCCGAGGGCAGGCACUGCCUCGCCCACCCCUACGGAAGCCGCCACGUCGGCGGGAGCCGCACGUUCCCCGCAGGCUGUUUUGACAAGUAGAGACAGUGUGGGGCAGGGGGUGCAGGGGUGCGGGGGACCCCUCCGGAGCCGGGGGCUCCGCAGAGCCCCUCACUACCCUCCGACAGGGCGGGGGCGGGGAGAGUUUUCAAAAGGAGACUCGCACAGAGCCAAUUAGUAUCAGCCCUGCCCGCCCCCCCCCAACACGCCUGGGACAGCCCUUCUGCACUGUGACCUGGGCAUGGGGGGGGCAGCAAGAAAGGGCCCCGGGGCUGGGGGCCCACCUCGACCCUAGUCCACCGGCAGAUCGGAUUUCUUCGCUCGUGGCAUGCUCAUGGCGAUGAUGUGGCCAACCCCGAGGAGGGGCCCAGGUGGCUUCUCUCUUGCCGUGGCCACACACACACACACACACGCGCGCGCGCGCGCGCGCGCGCGGGAACAAGCCUGUGCCUUGGCUUGGUUGACGCGGUUGACAGUCCUCUCGCCUUUGCUGCCCACCGGGAAGCUUUCGGGGCCUGCCAGCUGCUGCCGCCGCUCCCUCCGUGACCCUCCGUGACCCUCCGUGACCCUCCGUGACCCUCCGUGACCCAGCUCCGUGGCCCUCCGUGACCCUCCGUGACCCAGCUUUCUCCUCAAGCUGACUUGUUUACAUGCCGCAUCAGGGAUUUGGUGAUACUUGAAAACUCCUUAGGAGAAAGACACGUUGGUGGCCACACCGCCCGUCCUGAGCCGGGGCUUGGGGGGGUGGGGGUGGGGGGUUGGGAAACACUUAACUCGGUUGUAUCUGUCUGGCCGUGGGGGACCGCGCCCUUGCCCAGACGUAGGAUUGGAGGGACCAGUUCCCCAGCUCUUGGUUCCAGAAGAUUCUACGCCGUGGAUACUGUAUUCACCUGGAGGACCUGGAUCACCCCCCGCCCCCGACAUACACACACCCCGAGGAAAAUGAUGGUUGAAAAAGCAGACGGACGUUUGAAACCAGCGACCCCAGACGCCGUCCAUGCCUGCUGACCGCGGGGAGGUGGAGCCCCACCCCGGGAAGAGUGGGGCCCUGUCCCACGCCGGCCGGCCGAGAGAAGGCUCUCAGGAAGCCCGUGCUCCCAUGUGCAAUAUGUUUCCUUCUCCCCGGCAGCCCCGCACGCUGCUCCUGCGGCCGUGGGCUCCCGCCGGCCCAGCAGAACCCGGAGAAGCUCAGAGCGGAGCCGGGGCCGGGGGCGCAGUUCUUCGGGGUGUGGGAAGAACUUGUGGCUUUCUCGACUCGCCGGCCAGCCCCGACGCCGCGUCGGGGCCGUCCGUCCGUGGGUUGGAUCCGAAGGUGACUUGCCCCGCGGGAGGGGCCCCAGCGCAGGGAGCGGGCGGGCAGGGGCCUGUCGCCGGAGCGUGGGACCUGCACGUGGUUUGUUUCUCUCUUGGCUCUUCGCCAACCUCCUUUUUUUUUCAAAAAUGUUUAAACAAUGACUUUUAUUUCUUUAGUCACUGUACUUUUUUUUUUUCCUUUGUGGCGUGGGUCCACCCUUGGCAGUGAGUCGGGGGUCGGAAGCUGGGGGUCCCGCAGGCAAAGCGUGUGCUCCAGCCCUUCGAGCUGUCUCCCUGGACCCCAACCUCUUUAUUUAUGUGCAACCCGUUUGUAUUCCAAGUUGCUAUUGUUGUUGUAGCUGUCUGUUCCGGGGCCGGGGAACCUCACAGUCCACCUGCUCCCGGGAAAAGA